AUACAACUGUGACGUCACGAAAAAAGUAUAAACAAACGAAUGCCAGUGAUUUCAGUGCAGUGCCCCUCCGUAAGCAAUGGAAAACAAACAGAAGAUUUUGAUUACCGGCGAUGUUUGUGGUAGAUUCAGCAAAUUGUUUGAUCGAGUUGCCACUAUUUCAAAAAAGUCUGGCCAGUUUGACUUUUUAUUUUGCGUUGGGGACUUUUUUGGAGACAAUACUGAGGAGUUUGAGGACUUUAAGAAUGGUACAAAAACAGUUCCUUUGGCAACAUAUAUUUUGGGCCCAACGCAGGAAAAGCAUUUAUCUCUAUUUCAGGAUGCUAUAAAUGGAGAAAUUUGCCCAAAUGUCACUUAUUUGGGAAAAUCUGGGAUUUAUGUGACAUCCUCAGGGAUGAAAGUAGCAUAUGUGAGUGGUAAGGAAGGCGAAAAGUCUUCUGAUGUCACCUUCAGUGCAGAAGAUACAAAAUCCGUAAAGAUGUCAUGCCUGGCAACUAAGUCUUCCGGAGAUUAUAGAGGAAUUGAUAUAUUGCUCACAUCUCAGUGGCCACAUGGACAGAACAAUUCGGAAUCAUCAAAGCUGCUAUCUCUGCUGACAAUGGACAUCAGACCGCGAUAUCAUUUCUGUGGACUGGAAGACAUUCACUGCGAAAAACCUCCCUUCCGGAAUCCUGCAGACACGAAUUCCCAACUAGAUCUAGCCACGAGAUUCAUUUCUCUAGCCUCUGUGGGCAAUACUCAGAAACAGAAAUAUAUCUAUGCCCUCAGUAUAACUCCAGUGGACAAGAUGAGACUAACAGAUCUGCUCCAGAGAACUGUGGAAGAAGUUGAAUGUCCCUAUUUGGGUAUACCAGCACUUCUGGGAAUGACAACCACUCAAAGUGAUGAAAAAGCCGCACAAUACUUCUUUGACAUGAACACUGAAAGGCACCAGGGCAAAAGACACUCUCGUGAUGGCUCUGGACAACAUAUGAAGAGACCUAGGAAGGAAUUCAGCCUCGAAAAAUGCUGGUUUUGUCUAUCCUCAGCCAAUGUCGAGAAGCACUUGAUUAUCUCCAUAGGAGACUCCUUCUACGUGGCUCUAGCCAAAGGACCCCUAAACACUCAACAUGUCCUCAUAAUUUCGAUAUCCCACGUUCAGAGUGUUUCCCUCCUUCCGGAAGACGAUUUUGCCGAACUGCAACGCUUCAAAUCCGCCUUAGUGGAAUUCUUCAAGUCCCAAGAUAAAGCUGUUUGCUUCUUUGAGAGGAAUUACAAGAGUAGUCACUUGCAGGUCAAUGCUGUGCCACUGGACACCUCAAUUGCCUGGCAACUGAGCGAAUGCUUUGAGAAUACCGCAGAAUUCUACAAAUUGGACUUUGAGAAACUACCGAAGCUGGCUAGUGCCUCCGAACUCCCCUCAGGACCCUACUUUGCUGCAGAACUACCUGAAGAAAUGACUCUCCUGACCCGACAAAUGAAGAACUUUCCGCUUCAUUUUGGACGGGAAGUUCUCUGUAGCGAAAAUCUUCUCAAUUGCGACGAAAAAAUUGAUUGGAAGGACUGUCAGCUAGAUAUUGAGCAAGAAAAGGAAAUUGUGAAGCAAUUCAAGGAGAACUUCAAAGCUUUCGACUUCACAUCAUAAACAUCCUUUUGGUAGCGUGAGGUCCCAAGCAAUAUCCUGGGUGAAAGCAGGACUUUUUCCUUUCUCUAUCGCUAGUGCCAUUCGGCAUGACUAUCUUCUUUGUAUAUAAAUAGAAAUUGAAUUGAAUUGAGUUGAAAAAAAAAACGGAAUUGUGAAUAAAGGAUAUUUUCACAACAUAAA